CCCGUUUGGACACUCAACCCCAACCCUAACACCUUGCUCUCUCUCCCCCCCAUUUCCCUCUCCUUCCCAGUACCCACUCUCUCCUCCUGUCUCCUUUCCCCGUUGUUGUAGUUUUUGCAGAUAUUUUUGGGCUUUGGAUUUUGAGAAUGGAUGCCAGUGGUUUAGGGUCUGAAGUGGCUUUUGCUCUACGGGAAAUUGUGGUGAGCUCUGUUUUGGAAGCUAUGGUAGCUGAGGCUCUUUCGGCUACCGUGAGAUCUGCUUCCUGUCUGCUUAUGAUGAUGGAAUGUCUGUUGAAGAAUAAUGAUGGUUUACCAGAAUUGAGAUGGACCGACGAAAGGUUUCCCAUUGCUGAACUUCACAGAAAGAACAAGGCUGAGGUUGAAAAUAAAGAUGGUAGUGAUACAGAGGAUGAUGAUGAAGAAGGUGAUGAUGGUGAGGCAGAUGAUGAUGAUGAUGAUGCUGGUGAUGAAGACUUCUCGGGCGAUGAAGGGGGAGAUGAUGACGAUGAUGGGGAUCCUGAGGAAAAUCCCGAGGCUAAUGGUAAUGAAGGAGGCAGUGAUGACGAAGAUGAUGAUGAGGAUGACGACGAUGGAGACGAUGAUGAGGACGGUGAUGAGGACGAAGAAGAAGAGGAAGACGAGGAAGAUGAGGAUCAACCACCUGCUAAGAAGAGAAAGUGAAAUGGUGCUAGAUGAUUGAUGUUCAUUCUGUCUUUUGUGUCUUAGCUUAGGAAUUUGACCAUCGUUUUGUAGACUGAAUCAUUGCUUUUAUUUUGUGACAGAUUGUUAUGAUAUAUGUCCCAUUUUGUGACAGUGAUUGGGCAUUCAUUUCAUAGAGAACCUAAUUUAAUCUGUACUUUAGCUUGCAUCUUUCUAGUUUUAACGUACUUGUGUUGGGUUUUUAA